AUGGCGACCGCACCUCUGGCAGCGGGUACAGCCCCGCCAGCAGUGGUAGCCACAACAGAGCCUCAGUCUUCUGCGACAGACACCGCAGCCACCGCUUCGCGCAAGGUUGAUACUCCCACCAUCCUCACCACGCUUCACACUCUCCUCCGUGCGCACUGCCAGGCGCAUCCCUCCCCGAACCUUCCCUACCUGCACCCGUACGCACCACUGCCCCCAGCACCAUGGAAGGGCAAGGCGCGCGCCGAUCUUCCUUCCGCCGAAGGGCAGCUUGAGGCUCUGCGCGCGAUGCGUGACGUUGUGGAUGGCGCGCGCGGAGUGUUGGGGCGACGCGACGAGGUGGAUCGUGUGCGCUUGGCACGCGCCAUGCGCGAAGUAAUCACCCACGAGUCAGCUCUCCUUCCCCUUGGGACGACGCUUGCCUCUCUACCCCCCUGUGCACCCACGCUGGAUGCUGUUGUGCCGCUUCCUCCAGCCGAGCUCCUGUCCGUCCUCGGCAAGCGACUCGGCUUGCAAGUGUUCGCUGAGGAUAGCCAGUUCGGCCUGUUGCGGACGUCGUUGACCCUCGCGGGGUCAAGAUUCGUUGUUGACGUCGACCUCGAGAUGGACGCGGCCGAGGGCGACCAGACCGAGCCCCCAACUGCGGUGGGCACGCCUGCCGGGGCAAACGCUUUCGGCAUGUCGCUCACGCCGCUCACUCACGCGUUCCCCACUACACCGACGCCGGCGAAGGUGCCACCAACAGACGAACGCGGCAAGGUGCGCCUCGCCAAGCUCACCGCGUCGCACGUUACGCCGGCGGGCGAAGCGGGCCGGAGCGACUGGAUCGCGCAGGUCCUGCGCACUUUGCUGGAGGAGCAUCUCGCAUGCCACAAUUCACAUGAGGAGCGAAACAAGGACGUAUGUUACGCGGCGUGUGCGGCAGUCGAGAGCGCGCUUGCCGAGCUCAAGGCAAUCGACGAGUUGGCCGAAGCUGCCAAGGGCAACGAUGCCGACCUCUUCCAAGAUCUAGAGACUCUGGCGGCUGGCGUCGCGCGCAAGGCUGAGGACGGCUCGGCGACACGUCUCUACCCUGACACCAAGGCCAGUAUCUAUCCCUCCUUUCGCCUUCUGCCAGGCGAACCCAGUCGUGCGAACCCGGCCUUCCGCUUCCGCCCAAUGGGUCGCGGCGAGAACGUGCCGCCUCCCCCCCAGGAUGACGGGAUGGCGGUUGACGUCGAGCCCAUGUGUCGUGGCGCGUGGCUGGUCGAGCUCAUCGACGACAACCCGGGCCACACAGCCGGCGGGCGUGGUCUGGUCGUCCGUCGGCCCUGGCUUCUCCCAGAGAAGACUGAGCAGGAGGGGCAGGACGGCGUUGCUGUAGCCUCCCUCGCGAGUGGAAUCAAGAUCGAGGGUCUCCUAUACCAAGCGGCGCUCGAGGAGCAGCGUAACGCGGCGCCUGCUCUCCCGCUGUUCCCGUACGCUACUGUGUUCACCCACAAGCCUGGGGGUAUGGACCAGUACUGGUCGCUCGCAGAGCCUGGCCCUGACGGGUACAUCGUUGGCCGCGUCGGUCUCCCAACUUCGUGGCACGAGUUUGGGCGCCUUGCAACUGCGCUGCGUGCCCAGGUCGUCCUUAAUGCGGUGUUCACGAGCGCAUUCGACCCAACCAACGCGAGCGAUAUUGGUGUCAACGGUGCGAAUGGGGAAGGUGCAGAGGACGACGGCGACAUCGACCUGACAGAUCUCGACAAGCCGCCCUCGGCUCUCCCACUCACGGCGACACUCCACGUCCGCAGCGUGUGCGUCACAUACCCCUUUCCAUCGCCUGUCGCUGAGCCGCCGACCGUCACGCUGGAGCUGCGGCCCACGCAUGAGCUUCCAUACAUCACGGCCUGCUGGAAUGCUGAGCCCACUCUCAGCCCAGAGGAUAGCGCGAAGAUGGACGCCGCGACCAAGACGGGGCUGGAGGACGUUGACGCUGUGCAGAUCCUUGCGCGCAUCCUCGCAGCUCUGUGA